AUGUCUGAACUUCGUCGAAAGCUUGUCAUCGUCGGUGACGGUGCCUGUGGUAAGACCUGUCUUCUUAUCGUCUUCUCAAAAGGCACCUUCCCUGAGGUCUACGUCCCCACCGUUUUCGAGAACUACGUUGCCGAUGUUGAGGUCGACGGCCGUCGUGUAGAGCUCGCGCUCUGGGAUACCGCCGGUCAGGAAGAUUACGACCGUCUCCGUCCCCUCUCAUAUCCUGAUUCGCACGUCAUCCUCAUCUGCUUCGCCGUCGACUCGCCCGACUCGCUCGACAACGUUCAGGAGAAAUGGAUUUCGGAAGUUCUUCACUUCUGCCAAAACUUGCCCACCAUCCUUGUUGGCUGCAAGAAGGAUCUUCGACACGACCCCAAGAUUGUUGACGAGCUCCGCAAGACCAGCCAGCGCCCAGUCUCGGCUGAGGAGGGUAUGGCUGUUGCUCAAAAGAUUGGUGCCGUUCGAUACCUUGAAUGCUCUGCCAAGACGGGAGAGGGCGUUCGUGAAGUGUUUGAGCACGCCACCCGUGCAGCACUCGUUCAAAGAAGCCGCGGCUCCAAGAGGAAAGGUUGCACCCUUCUCUAA